ACACCAAAAUCACGUUUUGACAAGUUCAACGAAGUAAAAUCUCAGAAUUUGGCCCAAAAAAGCUCAAUUUUGAAAGUUACAGGAAAAAUCUGAUGAAAAAUUAUCGACCACUUGCUAGUGUGGCUCAAAUGUAAAUUCUUCAAUUAAUUUGAAAAAAUGUGCUUCAACACCUUUUUUAGGGGUGCCUAAAGUGGGGGGCUCUAAAAAAAGGGUUCAAAAUUACGAAUAUACAGGGAGCUUAAUUAAACUUUUUCAUCAAGAUAAUUGAAUAUAUACCUCAAAACGUUACGUUUGGCCCAAAUCGUAGGUUUCUAGUUUUCCAGGGGUUCCCAAAAUAUCGAAAUUGCAAAAAAAUGGAAAACUGGAUUUUUGAGUACCAGCGGAAAAUUUUAUUGAGCUCAAAAUUUGGUAGGAUGAAGGUCUUUCAGAUAUCUACUAAUAAACUGUAAAAAGCUUUUUAGCGGGGCUCAAAGGAGGGGUAGGUUUAAAAUGGUGGUUCCAAAAUUUUCCAAAAAUCAAAACCCCCCAAUUUCUACCCCCGAGGGUCGAAAAUAGGAAAAUCACCUCGUAUAACGUUUAUCGAGUUCAAACAGAUAUGCAUUUUACGCUGAAAAAGGUUUUGAAAAUAAUACCUACUCAGUGGUUCCUAAAAUUCUUUUUGUAAUCACAACUUUGGGAAUCCCUGGAGACCAAAAAAUGGUAAUUUUGGGUUAACCAACCACCGAUUCGUAUUUUGGGUAUUUAUUACAACAUUUUAAGAGUGGUCUAGUCGCGUCGAUAACUGUCAGGGGGCCAAAAAAUGGCCUUAUCGGGGCUCCUCCUUUUUAAAGGAAAUUCCAAAUCAUUUUUGGGCUACUAUAAUGAAUAAUCUAACAAAAAGUUCUACUUUUUUCUAAAAUUUUCAUUUUCUUGCAAUCUUGCUCUUGUUUUUCAUUUUUUUUUAAACUAAAAUUCUCAUUUUUUAGUAUUUUUAUCAGAAGAAUCAACCAAAUGUCUUGUCUUUUUUUUAAGAUUUUGGCCAAAACUGAAAUUUUGACUAAAUUUUUGACCUAGAAAAUUUUAUUUUAAUGCAAUUUUUCGAUUCGAGGAAAGAAGCAAUGUUGUGAAACUGCACAUCUCAAAACGAAAUUUAAGGAGAGCUGCUAGAAUAAAAUGAAUUUAAAACUUGAGAUUUUCAAUUUCUGUAAUGAACUGUUCACCUCAUAAAAUUCAAAUUGCGCCUGAAAAAAAGUUCAGAAGUGAGUAUUUUUCAAAAAUUUUGAGAACCAGUUUUAAAAAAUCUUUAGAAAAAAAUUCACACAGCUCACGAAGCUGCCAGAAAUUCGAAAAUAUAUGGCCACUUCGUAUUAUAAUAAUGUUGUUAAUAAACACUUUUCGGAAUCAUUAUUUUGUUUUGUUUUUAUACCUACUUUCCAAAACAAAGUGCAAGUGUCGAUCUAACACCACAUUACCUGAAUAGAAAUUGUAUUCGUACAUUUUUCUUUUUUUCUAUAACGUGUCGGGGAGCUUCCAAAUGUUGAGAAAUCUUGCCCUCGUCGAAAUUAAUAAACCGUAUUUCAGCGUUCGAUCGUGUUUUUUGAUCAUAUUAUUACCAUUUUCGGCUCAACAUGAACAUCAUGAACAUGAACAUGAACAACACCACCAUCCAAUAACAAUGUCAGAAGUUUUACAUAUAGAAGAUAAAGUUCGAGUAUGCGUAAGGAUGGCAGAGAACGAAGUUUACGAACCGGUAAAAUUAAUAUUUUUUGUUAAUUUAUGUUGGUAGGUAAAUAGAGGUACCUAACCUACCUAGAUCUGCUUUUCAACUUUGAUAAAAGUUACAAAAUGUUAACAGGCUUUCGAACCGUACCCGGAUUCCUGCCAAGGAUGGGUAUGUUGGCAUUCUCAACUAAAAGUAUCUAACAAAAUGAGAAUUCUACGAGUAAUGAAUGUUUUUCGCAACGACGUGGCUAAACAUUUGAAAAUCAGCAAUAUGCACAAGUUGUCGUGGCACUGGGCGCUCGAACAAGAAGCUUUACGAGCUGCAAAAGGAUGCAACCGUCGUUACCUGGAAACAUACGAAGACCUGAGAAAUAUCGAAGGAUUAGGUAUAUUUGAACAACGUUUCGCCCAAUAGUCAAUUUUAAUAUACAAUAUUGCGCAUUAAAAGGUGUCUAAAGUGGAAGAUAUCCUCAUCAGGAUCAUCGUUACGUUGCGAAAAUGGCUGCUUAACCAAAACCAUGACUCAGAACCCGUCGCAAAAGUUCUUCGUGAAUGUUCUGAUCGAUCUACUACGGAACAACUCUUUGCAAGAUUUCAAUUUAGAUGGUACAUUUAGACGAGCUAACGCCAUGUUUUUGGGAUGUGCUUUAACUGUUCGCAAUACGAUAACUGAGAAUAAUGUUUACGCAGAUAUAUACCAUUUCGUCUGCGUAUUCUGCACCAAGGACAGUGAAAUGAGAACUGCUUACAGUACGAAAGAAAACGAUUCCGAUUGUCCACCUACAUCAUUUCGUGGAGCAGAGAAAUUACUUCCUGAACUAUGCGCAGUAAAAGGACGCCACAGUUUCCUUAUGUGUGUACCAUACAACAUAUGUCAUUGGGAAAAAACAAACAGACCGGUAUACUGGCAGACGAGAGAUCCUGGAACUGUAAUCGAAUUAACAAUGGUCGAAACGAACACCGGACCAGUUCUCCUCGUAAAGGAAGAGCACAUCGGAUCUUAUAACAAGGAGGGAAAGCCAAGCUAUUACAAUAUGACACAUUAUCUCGAUAGAAAUGGCUCAUACUUGAAAGACUUGAUGUUUUAUCCGCAACUGCCAAAGUACGUUUACGAUCAUUCUCCUAAACAUUUGCAGAAAUUAUCUGAUACAUUAAGUAAUUUAACUAAAGGCGCAUUAACCGCAAUAAGCCCAGUCAUAAGUGAACCGGCCGUGGUUUAUAUACCAAAUGAAGCUAUAGAAGGAACGGAAGAUGCGUGGUGUUGUACCUAUGUACUUAUUUUAUCGUGUUUUCCUACUUGUGUGCUCGCUGUAUUGAUUUGUUACACUAUUAAAAAUUUUUGAAAGCUC